AUGGCAACUGCUGAAUCCUCUUCAGCUCUUGGGCCUGUGUAUGCUCCAGAUGACCCUACUCUACCUAAACCAUGGAUGGGAGUGAUUGAUAGAAGCACUAAUGUAAUGUACUACUGGAAUCCCGAGACCAAUGUCACACAGUAUGAGAAGCCAUCCUCUUUGCCUCCACCUUUGCCACCCGGCAUGCCUCCAACUGGUUCAACCCCUAAAUUGGCUCAGAUACCAGUGCCUCAUUCAGCACAACUUAAUGGGAUGGCAGGUCACGGUGCCCAGCAGGCUGUACAACCUUCUCAGCAGCAGGGACAACAGGUCGGUCAAUUGCAUCACCAGGCUCACUCCACGCAACCAGUAGUGCAACAACCACAAGGGCAGCAGAUCAAUGCCUAUUCUCAACAUCCUCAAGCAACACAACAGCAAGGACAACUCGUUCCGCAACAACAAGUUUCUAGCUAUCAUGGCGCACAAUCGGGGCAGGUUGCGCAACAACAAGGGCAGGGAAGUACUCAAAUGAUGCAGCAUCCCAGUCAGCAAAUGUUAUCGCAUAUGGGGCAGCAAAUGCCUCAACCUUCGGGCCAGCAGUUGUCACAGCAAUCAGGCCAACCUAUGCCGCAGCAUGCUGCUCAGCAAAUGCCCCAGCAGAUAGGCCAGCACAUGCUACAGCAUCAGAGCUCACAGAUGCAACAAUCACAAGGACAAUUUGGCUAUCAGAAAAUGCAGUACAUGCCAUAUCAACAAAGCAUGCCUCAACCUGCCCAGCAGUAUGCAAACCAACAUACAUCCUCAUUGCCAAGAACAGAGGAAGCUGACCACCAACACCAACAGGCUAGCCAGACUGGCUAUCCUACUACUCAGUAUCUUCCUACUGGCGGAUCGUCGGCUCAAAACUUGCCAGUUGGAAAUAAUUCACUCUCCAUGCCCCCUGGAGGUGCUCAAUUCAAUCGAGGUCAGCAAUUUGCUGGCCCUUCUGGACCUGAUUUAGCCUAUCCACCACCAACUCAAAGGCAGCAAAAUCACAUGGGCCCUCCUGGAACCCACAAUCAGCAACCUAACAUGCCUCAUGCAGGAUUGAAGAUGGGCUACGAGAAUAAUGCCCCUGGUAGGGCUGGCAAUGACUACUAUAUGAAUGCAAAAAUGGAGGGUACUAUGAUGAGUCCUCAUCAGCCGAACGGUGCUGGUAUGCCUAUGGCAAGGAAUCAACAGGAUGCUAGAAUGGCUGUUGCUCCAUUUCAAAGUGCUGGACCUGCUUAUUCAAGUGGAUUUAGUCCACCUGAGCAUACAAUGCACAACCUGUAUAAACAUGGAAAUAGUGCUGCACAGUUUCCUUCUGGUGGAAUGAUGAUGCCUCCUUUCAGUGGACCUGCAGACAUUACAAACUCCUCGCCUGCUGAUGCUUAUCGCCAAAAGCAUGAAGUCACAGCAAUGGGUGACAAUGUUCCCGCGCCUUUCAUGACAUUUGAUGACACUGGUUUCCCUCCUGAGAUAUUGAGAGACAUACAUUCUGCUGGCUUCAUGUGUCCUACCCCAAUCCAGGCACAAACAUGGCCAAUUGCACUGCAGAGUAGAGAUAUAGUUGCCAUUGCUAAGACAGGUUCUGGGAAAACGCUGGGGUACUUGAUCCCAGCCUUUGUCCUUCUAAGACAGCGUCAUAACAAUCCUCAGAAUGGUCCCACCGUGUUGGUUUUGGCGCCAACCAGAGAGCUCGCCACACAAAUUCAAGAGGAGGUGAACAAAUUUGGGCGAUCGUCUAGGGUCUCUUGCACGUGCUUGUAUGGUGGUGCACCAAAGGGACCUCAACUGAAUGAACUAGAUCGAGGAGCAGAUAUUGUUGUAGCAACUCCUGGCCGACUUAAUGAUAUCCUUGAAAUGAAAAAAAUCGACUUCCGUCAAGUUUCGCUCCUUGUUCUUGAUGAAGCAGACAGAAUGCUCGAUAUGGGUUUCGAACCUCAGGUACGUAAGAUUGUGAGUGAAAUGCCCCCAAGAAGGCAAACACUUAUGUACACUGCAACGUGGCCAAAAGAGGUGAGGAAAAUAGCAGGUGAUCUUCUUGUCAAUCCUGUUCAAGUCAACAUUGGCAAUGUUGAUGAACUUGCUGCUAACAAAUCCAUCACACAGAUUGUGGAGAUAGUCCCUCACAUGGAGAAAGAUAGGCGCCUAGACCAGAUCCUGAGAGCACAAGAGCGAGGAUCAAAGGUCAUUAUCUUCUGUUCCACUAAGAGAUUGUGUGACCAGCUUGCGCGAGGUAUUGGGCGCCAUUUCGGUGCCAAUGCAAUCCAUGGAGACAAGUCCCAAGGAGAAAGAGACUGGGUUUUAAACCAGUUCAGGAGUGGUAUGUCUCCUGUCUUGGUUGCCACUGAUGUUGCCGCCCGUGGUCUUGACAUCAAGGACAUUAGGGUCGUGAUCAACUAUGAUUUCCCUACUGGAAUCGAGGACUACGUUCAUCGAAUUGGCAGAACUGGAAGGGCAGGUGCUACUGGCGUGUCCUACACCUUCUUCUCCGAGCAAGACUGGAAGCACGCACCUGAUCUAAUUAAAGUCUUGGAGGGAGCCAACCAGCAGGUGCCCCCAGAAGUGCGGGACAUCGCUUCACGUGGUGGCCCUGGCUUCUCGAAAGACAGAGGUGGGAUGAACCGGUUCGAUCCUGCUCCAACUGGUGGUGGUGGAGGGCGUUGGGAUGCUGGAGGCCGUGGAGGUGGUGGGAUGAGGGAUGGUGGUGGGUAUGGUGGUCGUGGCGGUGGUGGAAUGAGGGAUGAAGGCUUUGGAGGUCGUAGUGGUGGUGGAAGGGAUGGUGGUCCUUUUGGUGGCCAACGAAAUGACAUGUUUCCCGGUCGUGGAAACAGAGGCCGAGGAGGAGGGUUCGGUGGUAGCCCCUCUGGCUGGGGCGGCAGAAACGAUCGUGGGCCCCCCGAUCGUUUCAACAAUAUGGACAACCGUGGACCCCCCGAUCGCUUCAACAGCAUGGACAACCGUGGACGUGGCGGUCGUGGUGGCAGUGGCAGGGGAGGAAGAUUUGAUGGGAGGAGGGAGAUGAGCAACAACCGGAGUACUAGGGGUAGAAGCCCCAGCCGCAGCCGUAGCAGAAGCCGAAGCUGGAGCCGGAGCAGAAGCAGAAGCCGGUCCAGAGAUAGGAGUCGAAGCUACAGCCGCAGUCGCAGCCCAAGACGUAGCCGUAGCUACAGCAGGAGCCCCCGCCGCAGUCGUAGCUUCAGCCGUAGCCCUGAUCAGAGUGGUGAAAGAUAUGUGAGGCGCGAGAGGCAGCGAGAGUCGUUGUUUGACGUGAAGGAGGUUCCAGCUGCUGAAGGUGUGGUGGCAGCUUCUGAAUCAAUCCUGCCAGUUGCAUCUCCGGGUCUAGAUGCUAAAUUGGCUGUUCCUGAAGCAGCAGAGCAGCAGCUGCCACUGGUGGAGGCUGCUCUGCCAGCUGCUGAGAAUGCCGGGAACGUGGUGCCUGUCGACGAUGGAGGAGGAGCUGCCGAUGGACUUGAACCAGCUUCCGACGAUUAG